CGUUCGCCUCGACCAUCCGAAGGGAGAACACCUCGAGAUCCCAGCAGGGAACUGCCGUGGCCGGAGCCGAGUCGUCGCUGCGCGGAGUAAUUGGAACCCGACCCGACCCCGAGGGCCGCGCUCUGAGCCGGACCUGCGACAGACGACCAGACGCCGAAGAGACCCUUCGGCUAUCAGUUUGUGGUCGCCAGCUCGAGAGGGCUCAUCAGGGACCCCCGGUUCCUAGACUCCGCGGAAGACGCGUCUGGACUCACGGACUCCGUGUCAGCAGUGAACUCCCAGGAGCAUCAGGCUGACCCACCCAGAUCGCAGACUCGGCAGGGCGCUUUUUCUUCUUCUUCCUAUUCUUCGUCCAGGAGUUCGGACAUCGGCAUCAUGAUGGCCGUCGCCGCCGCACAGAAGAACCGCGAGAUGUUCGCCAUCAAGAAGUCCUACAGCAUUGAGAAUGGCUAUCCUGCCCGCCGUCGUUCUCUUGUAGACGACGCUCGUUUCGAGACUCUGGUCGUUAAACAGACGAAGCAGAGUGUGCUGGAAGAGGCACGUCAACGAGCGAAUGACACGAGUUCCGAGCACGAUCAUCAGUCCGAGGAGCAACGCUACGUCGAUGCGUCCUCGAGCGAUGACGAUCAGGCGGAGUCGCUCACCUGCGCAGCCAAAGAAGGAGAGGCCAAAGCGGAGGCAUCCUGGUCAGACGGGGAAGGAAAAUCAGGAAAUGACGAUUCCGGCCUCACGGAGGAGGAAGUGGUGUUGGCCAAGACCAUCGCCGAGACUCCGGAGGGCGAAAACACGGUCCAGAAGGCCGCUCUGGUCCUGCGGCUGCGGGAGGGCAUCGGGUCCUUGGCCCGGAUCCUGAAGACGGUGGAGAACUUCAAGGGUACCGUGACCCACGUCGAGUCCAGGCCCUCGAAGAAGGAGGGACUGCAGUUCGACGUGCUGGUGAAGGUCGACAUGUCCAGGCAGAGCCUCCUUCAGCUGAUUCGCAACCUCAGACAGAGUUCCAGCCUCGGAGGGGUGACCCUGCUGGCCGACAACUCCGUCAGCAUCAAGGACCCCUGGUUCCCCAGACACGCUUCGGAGCUGGACAACUGCAACCAUCUGAUGACCAAGUACGAGCCCGACCUGGACAUGAACCAUCCCGGGUUCGCCGACAAGGAGUACCGAGCCAGGCGCAAGAUCAUUGCAGAGAUCGCUUUUGCCUACAAAUAUGGCGACCCCAUCCCCAACAUCCCCUACACGGAGACGGAGAACGCCACGUGGACCAGAGUCUUCAACACAGUGGUCGACCUGGUGCCCAAGCACGCCUGCAUCGAGUACCAGCGAGUCUUCAAGAAGCUCCAGGAAGAGCGGAUUUUCGAGGCCCACCGCAUCCCGCAAUUGCAAGAGGUCAGCGACUUCCUGAGGAAGAACACCGGCUUUUCUCUGCGUCCUGCAGCGGGGCUCCUCACGGCUAGGGACUUCCUGUCCAGCUUGGCCUUCAGGAUAUUCCAGAGCACUCAAUAUGUCCGCCACAUCAACAGUCCGUACCACACCCCUGAGCCGGAUUGCAUCCACGAGUUGCUGGGUCACAUGCCGUUGCUGGCCGACCCCAGCUUCGCCCAGUUCUCUCAGGAGAUCGGCCUGGCGUCGCUGGGCGCCUCCGACGAGGAGAUCGAGAAGCUGUCGACGAUCUACUGGUUCACCGUGGAGUUCGGGCUCUGCAAGGAGGGCAAGGAAGUGAAGGCCUAUGGAGCCGGUCUGCUCUCGGCAUACGGCGAGCUUUUGCACUCGUUGAGCGACAAGUGCGAGCACCGGCCCUUCGACCCUUCCAUCACGGCAGUGCAGCCCUACCAGGACCAAGAGUACCAGCCGGUGUACUACGUGGCCGAGAGUUUCGAGGACGCGAAGGAGAAGUUCCGCCGUUGGGUCAGCACCAUGAGCCGGCCCUUCGAGGUCCGCUUCAACCCCCAUACGCAGCGCGUCGAGGUCCUGGACAGCGUGGACCGGCUGGAGGGUCUGGUGUCCCAGCUGAACACCGAGAUGACCCACCUGACGAACGCCCUGAACAAAAUCAAGGCGUCCUUCGCGUAAAGGAGGCCGCCACACUCGCGCCCGACCCUCCACAGGCCCCGAAGGAGCGCAGACCUCGGGGUCCUCCAGGGACCCCCGAGAUGGCCCUCCUCGAAUCUCGCUUCGUCCGAGCCACCUCCCCGGGAUUCAUCGUUUUCCCGGACCUCGCUCAAGGUGCCAAAGCCAGGCUUCCGACGAGCCGUCGGGGGUGGCGCUAGGUCACCCACGCGAAGAGUUACAGGGGUCGGAAAUCCCGAGGUGGAGGGCCGCCAAGAUGGCGCCACCGCGCUUCGGGUAGGUCUUUUUCCGUUUCUCUCCGUCUCCUCCGUCAUCCCUCAUCGCCAUCCCUCGUCGUAAUUCGCCUCGUGUAUAAAGUCGUCAUUCGCCUGUCCCCCUCCCCGCCGCGGCGUUCGUCCUUCCUCUUCUCUCUCUCUUUUUUUUUAUUUAUACGCCCGCGCCCGUAGUCGGGACGACCGUCAAGCGUUAUAAUUGUCGCUGUUAUUGUAUCGUAUUCGCCCUAACCCAUCCGCGCGGGGCCCAGGCCUCGCCGAUCCUCCUUAGUUGGCCGCGUUUGAGAAUCGACUAACCUAGAACGUCAACUGUGGCCCUAGGUGUCGCGGUUGACGGGAAUCGACCUCUCUUCUCGAGUAGAUCUCACCGAUAUUAGGUACGUGCGUGUUAAGACCGAGUGAUUCGGGGGAAGAACCUUCGGAUACGUGUCAGCGUGCCACCGAGUCCUCUGGCGGGACCAAGAUGGCGGCGUCGAUCUCGGGCGGCCAUCUUGGUCCCGCCGAAGUGGCGGCCUCGUUUACCCCAGUAGAGGAGGUGUCUUUGUCGUACUUAAGUGCAACUCUAGAUGUUGUUAGCCGUGCAUUUUGUCUCGGGACCCUUUCGAAGGAGCGACGGGACCUCGGGGAGCGUUCCAUUUUCGAGACAAUCUCCAGGACUCGCCGAGGCUCCCUCCCGCCGGAGCGGCCCCUUGCGUGUGUAGAGGACCAAAGUUGCUAUUUAGAACCUCUAGAGAGUAGUUGGAGCCCUUUUAUGCACUCUGCACCCACCCUCUGCUAACUGUACGCGAAGAGCACCGUAAUAUGCUUGAUUAUGUUGCCGCGAGACAAGUAUACGAAUCGUUUGGUUUGUAUUAUAUUGUAAAGUACGAGCAUAAUAAAAAUUAAGAUACGAAUCUUA